GUACAGUAAGUAAACACCACCACAGAAAAGAUAAAGAUGGCUAAUGACUUGUUGCAAUCGUCUUCUCAGCCUGGCCCUCUAUCACAAGAACAUGGCGAUGCACCAGAGGAGAAUGCUGGCUAUGAUAUGUCUGGUCGCUAUGGCCCUAGAGCUCUCGAUUUGACUGAAUCUCGAAGACUCAGUCAGUUCAACCCUGGUGUAGAGGCUGACAUGCCCCAGGGAGAAGCUAAAGACAACAGGGAUGUAUACUCUUCGUCUAGACUGGCUAAAGAAGGAUUCGUCAACUUUGAGGAGCUUAGAGAAAAGGGGCAGCUAUGCGAUGUAACGAUCCGAGUUGAAGACCAAGACUACAAAGCUCAUCGGUUGGUACUAGCUGGCACCUGCCCCUACUUCAGAGUCAUGUUCACAGGGGAGAUGUCGGAAAGCAAACAGAACAUAGUGACACUGAAAGAGCUUGACCCAGCUGCUGUUGAACAACUCAUUUCAUUCCUCUACACUGGACAGGUGGAGGUUACAGAAGGUAACGUACAAGCUCUAUUGCCAGCUGCUAACCUUUUCCAACUCAAUGAAGUGAAGGACGCAUGCUGUGACUUUCUCAAGAAGCAGCUGCAUACAACGAAUUGCCUCGGCUUCAUGGCAUUUGCCGACCUCCAUUCUUGUGGAGAGUUGCUCUCAGAGUCCCAAAGAUACGCUCGAAAACACUUCCCUGAUGUGCGAAUGUCAGACGAAUUCCUUCAACUGCCGCUCACGACUGUGAUUGAUUUAAUCUCUAGCAGUGAGCUCGGUGUACUCUCAGAAGAGGAUGUUUUUGAGGCCGUGAUUGAAUGGGUCAAAAGCAACAAAGAGAAACGACUGACACACCUCCCUGAGUUGAUACAGCACGUCCGAUACGAACUCCUCCCUAGCAAGUAUGUUCUUGAGCAUGUGACUGAAGAAACCCUGUUAGCAGAGAAUGCAGAAUGCAAAGAUUUCAUUAUCAAUGCGCUCAAGUUCCGACUCAUGCCCCCUGAGGAAAGAGCGAGGAGAGAGACAGUAUCCAGAGUGAGAAUAGGUGGUCCUCAGUCUAUUAUUGUAGUAGGGGGCCAAGCACCUAAGGCUAUUCGUAGCACAGAGAUUAUCGAUUCAAAGAACCAUCGAUGCAAGCCCGGACCAGAGCUGAUAUCCAGGAGGUGUAGAUGUGGCGUUACCGUUCACAACAACUCUGUGUUUGCAGUGGGUGGAUUUGACGGGACCUCACGAGUCAGGUCGGUGGAGUAUCUGGACCUGGAGAAGGGCUACUGGGUUCCGGUGGAGACCAUGCUCUCACGACGCAGCACUCUGGGUGUGGCCGUGCUCAAUGGUGAGCUGUACGCUGUCGGUGGUUUCGAUGGAACCAAUGGACUAGACUCAGUGGAGAAGUACAACUCAGAGUCUAAGAAGUGGUUGAGUGUUGCUCCAAUGAGCAGUAGACGCUCGAGUGUGGGUGUGGCAGUCCUCAAUGGUCGUCUCUAUGCAGUGGGCGGUUAUGACGGAGUGGCCAGACAAUGUCUCAACUCAGUGGAGAAGUACGACCCAGAGCUGGACGAGUGGACUCUGGUAGAGGCCAUGGGUCAGAGGCGCAGUGGAGCUGCAGUGGCUGUACUGGACAGUCUGCUGUAUGCCAUAGGCGGCCAUGACGGACCUGACAUCAGGAAGAGCGUGGAAAGAUACGACCCAGCCACCAAUAAAUGGCGUCGUGUGCCAGACAUGACUACCCCUCGUAGGAAUGCAGCUGGUGCUAUGGUCCACAACUGCCUGUACGUGGUGGGCGGGGACGAUGGCAUCACCAAUCUCUCGACAAUCGAAGUAUUCGACCCGUUUCUGGACAAAUGGAGAUUUGCAGAGGGUGGUCUAACACAGGGGAGGAGUUACGCUGGCGUGGCUGUCAUCGAUAAAGCCGCAGAACUUCUCAAUUUUAAGUGAACUGUCCUAUGUUGUGUAGGAAGCACUUAGUAUUAUUAUUAGGCUAAUCAUCAUUCAUUGCAGCUAUGUGUGUAGAUAAGACUGAUCCAUAAUUAGAGAAAAUCGAUCGUUCAAUCUUGAAUUUUGUUUUUGCACUUUUAAACUAAAUGAUGUUUUUCACGUUGUAAAA